UCGUGUAAAAUCGGAUAUGCGGGAACAUUUGAAAUUUUUUAAUAAAAAAAAGGAAUAAUGGUGUAAAACAUUGAACUAUUUGAAGAAUAAUUAUUAAAUGAGACACUUUUUAAUACACUAAUUUCAUAUUAUAACAGAAGAUAUAUAAACAUUUAUAAAUAAAAAGUAAUAUCAAAAAGUAAUUUAAUGAUCAUUCUAUACCAAUGAUUUAAGAUGAUAUUUGUUACACAAUUCGUUUGCCUUUCAAUGCAAUCAUGUCAAAAAUUGCUUACUUCAUGCAAGUAACAACGUGAUGUCUCAAUUAAAAUAGUAAUUGAAAAAAUGUAAGGGCCAUUAAUAGCAAUGAAUGAGAAUGUGUUAACAAAAGUUCUAAUAUAAUUUUAGUCUUCCAAAUGAUUAUAAAUGUACCAUACCAAUUAUUUAAUAUAUAAUUUUACUUGUAUAUCUGUACAUUGUGGUUAACCAUUUAUUGAAUUGAUUACAGAAAUGUCAGAACAUGUUGAACUGCAGCAUUUAGUCGAUACUGACAUUGAAAGUAAUAUAACAACACGACAGAAACAAUUUUCAAUUUUAAUGUGCAAAUCCUGUCCUUACCUUGGCCUAAUAUUAGCAACGCUGUCGUCAUUAUUUUUUUCAUUAUGCAGUGUUAUUGUAAAAGGUUUAGUGGAAGUAAAUCCAAUGGAAUUAGCAGCAUUUCGGUUUGUGGGUGUAUUGUUACCAGCGAUACCAAUUGUAAUAUAUAAAGGAGAACAUCCUUUUCCAAAGGGACGUAGACUAAUGCUAAUAUUAAGAAGUUUUGUAGGGACCACUGGCCUUAUGCUGAGUUUCUAUGCAUUUCGACAUAUGCCAUUAGCUGAUGCAUCUGUCGUAGUUUUCUCUGUUCCUGUUUUUGUAGCUAUAUUUGCAAAAAUAUUUUUAAAAGAGCCUUGUGGGUUAUUUAAUGUUAUUACUGUCUGUCUAACAUUGGUUGGUGUAAUUUUAAUAACACGUCCUCCACUUAUUUUUGGAGAUACCGUAGAAUCACUUUCAGAUGGACACGUGAAAACAGAACAUGCAGAUUUAUGGGGUGCUGUUGCAGCUUUUUCGGCAACUCUUUUUGGUGCAAAUGCAUACAUUUUAUUGCGAGCUUUAAAAGGUCUUCAUUUUUCAGUAAUCAUGACAAAUUUUGGGUCUUUUGCUUUAAUUCAAACAAUAAUAAUAUCUUGGGCUAUAGGUGCUCUUUGCUUACCACGUUGUGGGACCGAUAGACUUUUAGUUGUUGCACUUGCACUUUUUAGUUUUGGGGGACAGAUACUAUUAACUUUAGCUUUACAGAUGGAACAAGCAGGACCAGUUGCAAUAGCAAGGUCAGCAGAUAUUGUGUUUGCCUUUUUUUGGCAAGUUCUAUUUUUUAAUGAAAUACCAAAUCCUUAUUCAGUAGGAGGAGCAAUUGUAGUCACAAGUUCAGUUUUAUUAACAGGAUUAAGAAAAUGGGCUCUUUCAUUACCAGAAACAUCUAAUGUUAAAAAAUCUUUAGGUAUUUUGGUGAUGUAGAAUUAUAGAGUACAACUUGCAAAGCAAAGAACAAAUUUUCAAAUAUAUUAUAUCUUUUUACAAUGUUAAAAUUUAUUUUCACAUCUAUUUUAUAUUUUAUUUAAUUUAUAUGAAUUGUUCAAAAAUGUGAAUUAUAAUCGUAAUGAUAAGAAUUUCUUGGUAAAUUUUCAUAUAAUCAGAAAUAUAUUACAAUUGGUUAAAUUGAUUAUUUGAAUAUAUUUAUAAAAAUAAUAUAUUUGUUCUAUAUGAAUAGACUUAGAAAAUUUUAUAACACUAAAUUAUUUCAACUUAUGGCAGCAGAAAUAUUACUAUAAGCAUGUUAUAAAUUCAUCUAAUAAUAAUAAAAGUAUGAUUAAAUCUAAAAUUAAAUGCUUA